AUGUUCGUGUACGUUCGUGUAUCGUCGGAUGUUUACGCCAUCAUAUCUGUAGCGAAUAGCGUCUUUAACGAAAGGGGCGACAAGUGCCACGGUCGAACUAUUUACUUGAAUCUGUGUGCGAAUCGAUUUAGUGUGUGGAUCAAAGCGAGGAAGCAAAAAAAUAGUCACCUAAGGAAUCGUUAUCACUACACUAAGGAACACGAUCACUCUUCUUUCUACCAGUUCUUGCAAAUGGAGCACAGUCAUAAGAAUACUGACUGUUAUUUUUUCUACUAUUCUACAUGCAAAAAGGGUGAUAAUUGUCCAUUCAGACAUGAACCAUCUGCUUUGGGUUGUGAAACAAUGUGCAUAUAUUGGCAGCAGGGUAAAUGUCUAGAGGAACAUUGUAAUUUUAGACAUAUGGAAUUAAAAAAAAAUCGCAAGUCAAUUCCAUGUUAUUGGGAAACGCAACCUGGGGGUUGUAGGAAACCGCACUGUUCAUUUAUGCAUAAGAAUGCUCGUACAAUUUCUAGCGAUCCUAUUAAUCCAGUUAAAAAUACUGACUUGACAUCAAAAUCGUUAAACCAAGAAUGGUUGAAUCGUCAAGAUGAUACAAAGUAUGAUGGUAGUAGCACUGAAUCGGAUCAAGGUAGAGGAAGCAGUGAAGCAGGCAGUUUUAUUGGCAGUCCAGCUGUCGAUCCUCUUAUCGUCAAAUUUGAAGAAGAGUCAGACAAUGAAAGUGUACCGUCUCCUGUUAAGCCGCAGCCGAGGGUUCCUUACUGUAAAACCUACGAAGAGAUCCGAUUGGAGGAGAUCCAAGCUGAGAGCGCAGCCUAUUAUUCGUACCAGACUGAAGACUAUCAGAGCAAUAUAACCGGCGAAAAGGUCAAGACACGCAGGACCCGGAGGAUCUGCCUUUAUCCGUCGCUCGACAAACGGGAGAACUCAAAAGAAGGUUUGGAUUUUGGAGUUCUGACCUUGGAAGAGAUACGUCGUCGAAAGAGGCGCAAAGCUCUUCAGCAAAACGAACCCAAAGACACUGACGAGUCGACCAGCGACUUCCUGAAGGACGCCAUUGACACAUUAGCUAAACUUAGGGAUAUGACUUCGGUUAGAGGUCUGAAAAGACCUCUGGAGGACCCUGAAGACGACACGGACAGAUGCAAAAUACAGUGCAACGUUAUUCGUACUAACUUCAGCAACGUGCCGCCGGUUAAACUUCGGAGAUCCCCGAAAAGGUUCGUAACCAGAACGCAGACGGAGGAUAAAAUGGCGGAGGAAAGGAAGAAUGCUGUGGAUAGACUGGAUGAAAGUGUGGCUAGGAGAAAAGAGGUGGAGGUUAGGCUGUGUGAUAGCAGCACGGACGAAAGUCAAUCGUUGUUGAAUAGUGAGACGAUUUCGGAUAAUGUGAUGGAAGAACAGAAGGAGAGUAUGGUUUCUUGCGAUAGUCUAUUGAAUGUGAACGAAGAUGAGUAUCUGACAUUAGACAUGGCGUCCGAUGACAUCCUGAAAGACAUUGAUGCUUUGCUCAAGGAGAAAAGCUCGGUUUGAAAAGCAUAUGAAGAUUGGAAAGAACACGUUACUUGGGAAUGGUAUUUUGUUCUCCGUUUUUGGUUUCGUCGAACGUUUCGUCGUUUAGCUUGCUUUUUCAACCGUCGCUGUUCUUGGAAAUGGUUUUGAUCAUUCGAUGAUUGCUUCAUGGAUUUGAUGAUUCUAUUCAUGAAUGGUCAAUCGGUUUUUGAAUGGGCGAAUUAAUUGUGUAAAGAUUUCUUUUCAAUUUUUAUAACGCAUGUGAUCUCGGAAACGUGAAUUGGCUCCAAAGCUGAUUGUUUUAUGCGAUUUGAUUAUAUAGGGGAUACUGAACUAAUAGUCAUUAUAGCACGCACUUUUUUGAGAUAAGAAAAAAUUCAGGAUUAAUGUUCCUAGAACGUAGUAAAAGGCUAGUUACAUUCGAGCAAAUGUUUAUAAAACUCAGGUACGUCAUCAGUGAUUUAGAAACAGAAAAUUUGUAAUUUUGAAAAUUAAAAAAUUUAGAAAUUUAUAAAAAUGUGAAAAUGUUAAGUUUUAAAGUUUCAGAAUUAGGAAAUCUGAAAAUUAGAAAACAUGAAAAUAUUAUAAAAACAAAUUAAAAGCUUUGCACUCUAAUUUCUCUACCAUUUUAAAAAAGCACGUGCUAUAAUGUUUCAAAAUAUUUGUGAUCCCCAACAAUUUCAUAAAAUUUGGAGUAAUUCAACGUGUUCCGAAAAUCAUGCACUCUUGUAAGUAUUUUAAAUAACAAAUAAUUGCACGAUUAACAAAAAACAAGAACGAAAUGUUUUGACUAAAAUAGUCUAGAUAUUUUCAAUAGCAGUUUAAUUAUGGCAGUGUUUUAAACAAAUAUUUUUGACUAAUUGUUUUGUUAUCACGCCGUUUAGUAAAAAAAUCAGUGCAUUUC